AUGAGGAGACCAUAUCCUACUUUAGUUGUGAAAGUUGAAGAUACAGAAAGUGUAAAGAGUUUACAUGAACUAGUGAAUGGAUAUUUUUUCCUGUGUACCACUAUUCAAAUUUAUUUGGUUGUCAAAUUAUUUCCUCCUUAUAAUGAUGCAAUAAUCGAUCCCAAAUCCCAUUAUAGCAAUAUUAGUAAGGCACUUGCUGAAAAAAUAGAUUGUUAUAUUUCUAGAGAUUUCGGUGGAUCAAGAUUCCGGCAGCGAGAGAACUUGGUAUUGAACCACGAAAAAUCAUUAUCUAUAAGCUUAGGUGAAUCACAUGAACAUUUUUUAGUUCUUGAUAAGCUUAAAUACGAAUUAGUUUUAGAUGAAAGAUGGUUAGAUCAAUUGUAUAAUAUAUGGUAUAAUAUGAAAAAAUUCUAUGAUUUAUUAUUUCCUGAUGAUACAUUGGACUUUAAAAUUCCAUCUAACCUGGAUGAAUAUUAUGAUUCGAGUUACUCUGAAACUGAAUCCGAGACUGAUUCCAUUUCCUCAGAUUCAAAUGAUUCGAAAAAAUCUUCCAAGAAAAGAGCAACUCCAACCCGAUUAACUAAACACGAUGUCGAUGCUAUUUUAUAUGCUAAGGAUCUUAAAGCGCAAAUAAAAAGCAAAAAUGCUAGAAAUAAUAACCCUGAUGCUACGUCUCAAGAGAUAGUUAUACCUGAGAAAACAAAGCUUUCACCUAAAGAUUUUGAUCCAGAAAUAGCCAAGCAAGAUGAGAUUAAACAGAUUUUUAGAUCAGAAAUUAGUAGAUCGAAGAAGGUUGUAGAUUCAAUGCCACAAAGAAUUGAAACAGCAUUGGAUACAAAGGAACAAACAUUUACAAUACUAUCCUGUGGGCAUAUUCUACAUCAAACUUGUCUUGUCUGCUCUACUUAUAUUAAACUAAUCAGAGAAGCAACUGCAUUAGCUUCAGAAAAUGAAUUGGUAUUUAUGGCGGAAGUAGGAUUAUUAGAUGAAACUUCUCUUGCCAACCAAGAGGGAGAAACAUCGAUAAUCUUUUAG